UACCACUACUAACGAAAAGGUACUCACAACUCGUGCGGUACCACCACUUACUUAUACGAAGUAUUUAGCAUUUUUCCACAGGAACCAACCGUCGGCACUAUUUUCUUGGGUUCCGUCUCGUGGUACCGCUUUUUCGGUCACUUAUACUUUUAUUGAUUGUUUUUUUUAUACCUACUCGAAAUUGCGUUUUUUUAGAUUCUCUCGUUUUUUUAAAAAUUUUUGUUCAAAGUACUUUUGUGCCCUACCUUUUUGAACCAUCAAUCUUUCGAAUCCCCAUCAAUAAUUUUGCGUAUUACUUUUUCCUGUAACUCUUAUUUUUACCGCGUUUCCGGAUUUUUUUUUAUUUAUUAUAUUUUCUAACGGAAGUACUUUCGGGUACCGUCAAUUUUGGGUACCGCUUUUGUAGUGAAGCAAUUUUGAUUUGAUUUUUCGGUGACUUUAAUGUAUUAGUGAUGUUUCGAGACUAUAUCGUAAUGGAUAUGGACGUGUUAGUUGCCACAGACUUGGGUCAAGUGGACUCAGACAUGACAAUGGCGGCAUGCAACAACUCCCUGACAGCGACGUUGAGCAACGUCAGUGGAGGCGUGAACGCCAUCAGUCAACAAUGUGCCAUUUGUGGGGACAGAGCCACAGGAAAACAUUAUGGAGCCGCAUCGUGUGACGGUUGCAAGGGGUUCUUCAGGAGAUCCGUCAGGAAAAAUCAUCUCUACACGUGUCGAUUUAACCGAAACUGUGUAGUAGAUAAAGACAAAAGAAACCAAUGUCGUUAUUGUCGAUUACGUAAAUGUUUUAAGGCUGGAAUGAAAAAAGAGGCUGUGCAAAAUGAACGUGACAGGAUAAGCUGUAGGAGGCCCAGCUACGAAGAAAACAAUCAAAAUAACGGUCUAUCAGUAGGAUCGUUGUUGAAUGCUGAAAUGUUAUCCAGACAAGUUGGAGCAGCCUUAGAGCAAAUGGGUCCAAAUCCAGUAAACGAUUACGACAUUUCAAACAGACAACUGGCCAGUAUAAAUGACGUAUGCGAGUCAAUGAAACAACAAUUAUUGAUUUUGGUCGAAUGGGCCAAGUACAUCCCUGCCUUCACGGAUUUACAAUUAGACGAUCAGGUGGCCCUCUUGAGAGCUCACGCCGGAGAACACCUCCUCCUGGGCUUGGCGAGAAGAUCUAUGCACCUCAAAGACGUUCUUCUUCUCGGAAACAAUUGUAUAAUCACCAAAGAAUGUCCAGGAAAUACUGCAGUUUUCAUACCAGAACAUCGUAACAUAUCCCCAGAUUUAAGCAUAUCCCGAGUAGGGACCAGGGUCAUUGAUGAGUUGGUCAAACCCUUGACCGAUGUCCAGAUUGAUGAUACGGAGUUCGCCUGUCUCAAAGCCAUCGUCUUCUUUGAUCCAAACGCCAAAGGUUUAAGUGAACCGGCCCGCAUCAAGGCUCUCAGAUACCAAAUCCAGAUAAACCUCGAAGACUACAUCAGCGAUCGCCAAUACGACAGCAGAGGCAGAUUCGGAGAACUGCUACUCACUUUACCCCCACUUCAGUCGAUCACAUGGCAGAUGAUCGAACAAAUACAGUUCGCCAAAUUGUUCGGCGUCGCCCACAUUGACAGUUUGUUGCAAGAGAUGCUCCUUGGAGGCGCCAGCAUCGACACAGCUCCCACAACUAUCGUCGUACCGAACAACAACAACAACCUCAACAACUAUCAGAGCACCAGCGAUUCCGCUGACAGUCCAAUUACCUCGCCCACCACCACGCCGAGCAGUCCGCAGGAUCACAUGAUCAACAGCAACGUUGCCAGCCCUCCGUGUGCACAAACGACAUCUAGCGUGCUCGGCUUGAGAGAUAUUACAUCGCUUGAUGACCCUGUGCCGUAUCCAAUGUCGUUCAAGGAAGAACCGUUGAAGGAGGAGCAACAUAGUUUUUAG